AUGGAGCACGAAACAAAAAAACUCCAUAUGUCUCUCAAAUCUAAAUUAAAAAAUGUAAUACGUUUAACACGUGAUCCUGAAAAUUCUGAAUACUCUUCUUGUUCAUUAGUAUCUAUUAAAAAUCCAUAUAUUCUUUCUAUUGAUAUUGGUACAUCAUCAAUUCGUGCUUAUUUAUUUUCAAAAUCAUUUGAAAUCAAAUCUUCAAGUCAAACAUCACAAACAAUUCAUUGUCCUGAACCACAUGCUUUUGAAUUAGAACCUGAAGAAUUUUAA